AGAGAAAAUGCCAACAGUAAUAUUAUUGGACAGUAGUCUAUCUAUGUCAAGGCUAGCCACGCCUAAUCCCAAUCCUAACAGUCCCAUAGAACUCUCCAGUACAGGUGAAGAAAUGGAGCUACGACAUUUAGCAGCCUACGGAAUAACGCAGCUUCUUGACCAGGUUGAAUCCAACUGUAAACUGGAGUAUGUUGCUUUAAUCCAGUUUUCCUCCAUCUGUGAGCUAAUUGCUCCAUUCUCGAGGGAUAUGGAUCAGAUUAGAUCCAAGCUUACAGUGAACUGCCAGGAUAAAUCUAGUUUAGAGGUUGGACUACAGGGGUUGCUAGGUCUAGUACAGGAAGAAUGGGGUUCAGCUACACCCAUUACUCUUAUCAUAGUUACUGAUGGAGGGGUAAGAACAUGUUUACACUUUCAUUCUAAUUUAAACUUUAACUUAUACAGUCCUAUUAAGACAAUUUGUUUCAGUAUAUCUGUAGCGUGUAUAAUGGAUACAGGACCUGCAGUGGAUAUUGCUAAAACAGCUUAUAAUGCUCUCUUUAAUAAACUAGGAUUAGGGAGCAGUCGGGGAAGUUUCCAUAGUGUGGACGGAUCCUUGAAUAUUAAAUCCACAGAAACAAUGUUUAAAGAGAUAUCAGCACUACACUAUAAUCAAUGGAUUGGAACUUUAGAGAUGGGAGAUAAUAUGUCCUGUAAGGUCCAGGUUUGUCCUCCUCCUAAACCUUAUUCUAAAGCUGAGGAUUUUACUGUAGUAAAACGAGAGCUCUCUUCUACUCUAUCAAUCAAGGGAUUUUUAUCACAGGCUGAUAUAUCUAGUCCACCUGUAUACUCUAAGCAUCUUAUACUCCCAGUAUCAGGGACUAAGGACAACAAGGAUGAUAAAGAGAACAAUGAGCUAAAGGACGAUGAUACAAAAAAUCCAAACAUCUGCGUCUUUCUUCAUGGAGCUCUUAAGCUUGAGAAUAUGUGUGCUCUGGUUGAGGUUGGAGAGGAUUGGUUUGGGUUUAUAUACUCCUGGAGCGAUACAAAGAAGAAAUCAUCUCUGAUGUUGUCUAUCCUAGAACCUGGAAACAUGUCCGUUCCCUGGCUAGGAUCUAUCAAUAGAUUAGGACCAGCCAGUGAUCUCAACGAAACCCUUAGUUCUCCGUUUCCGGUCAAAUCAGACAGAAAACCUAGUUACAGCAGCUGUCCUGUGGUUUGGAUCAAACAGUCAGGAAUACAAUCAGAUAAUCAGAAGGUUCUACGCCACGCUAGAAAACUUCCUGAGAAAACUCAACAUUUUUACAAAGAGUUGAAUAGAUUAAAAAGAGCUGCCGUGUGUCUCGGGUUCUAUGAACUGUUGGAAGGAGUUGCUCAGAUCUGUGAACGUGAAUGUGGUCUUCUGCCGCCAAAUGUCAGUCCAGAUUGUGCUAUACAACUGACCUAUGUAGCUCAGGUGUUGAGAUCUCAAGAAUGUUACAGUGUAAACCACUCAAUUCUACCCCGAGUAACAAACUUUAACGCGGGGAAAAUAUAAACAAGUGUUUCCAUGA